GUCCCCCAUCUCCCGCCCCGCUCACACUGUGUCCCCACCACCUCCGUCGCGCGCUCCAGCCUCCUCUCCGUGCCCUCGGACACAGAGCAGCGUCGAACGCGGUCUCGAAAAUGCUAGCAACUGCUAUUAGGCCCGCGUCGGGUUUCUCAGAAGAGACCACGCAGUACCGCCCGGCGAAAGACCUCGAGGCUUUCAAGAGCCUACUGCCCCCGCCCAUCGAAUUUGUUGAGGGCUCCUCUAAGGGGGCUCUUCUCAUGGACGAGAACAAAUACCAGCCCAUCAACGCGACUCCGAACCCGUCAGAAGCGGAGCCCCAGGAGGCGAAGAAGACUACCUCAUCUAACCCUUCAAAGUCCCUCAAGUCUCCUAAAACUGCUCAGGCGACCCCUACCUCAGGGAAAGCUCUCUAUAAUGGCCCCCUCAAUACGUCGUGGCCAGAAGGCGCUAGGAUUGGGACAGGACUCAACAAUACUGGGAACACAUGCUUCCUCAAUAGCGCUCUUCAAUGUCUACUCCACACGACACCAUUGCUACACGCCUUGAUCAGACAUAGCACUGCAGACCCUUGCCGGGUGCCCAAAGGCGCAUUCUGCAUGGCGUGUAAUAUGCGGACAGUCAUGUUUGAAUCUCACCAGAAACAGCGGCCCUUUGCUCCCUACCCCAUUACGACCAAGCUACAAGUCAUCGCGAAGCACAUGCGGCGUGGACGGCAGGAAGACUCGCAUGAGUUCUUGCGUUAUGCUAUCGAUGCUCUGCAGAAGUCUUGCCUUGCUGGCCAUCCACCCAAAAUGGAUCCCAAGCUUGCUGAGACAUCAUGGAUCCAUCAGAUAUUCGGCGGUCGAUUGCGAUCGAGGGUUACAUGUCUAGCGUGUGGCUACAACAGCGACACUUACGACAGUGUCCUGGAUCUGAGCAUCGACAUCUAUGGCGUACAGAACUUGAGAGAUGCUCUGCGAAAAUUCGUCGCAGUCGAUCACUUGAAAGGCGCCGACAAGUAUAAAUGCGAAAAGUGCAAGAAACCGGUCACCGCAGACAAGCAAUUCACGGUCCACGAGGCACCACUCGCAUUGACUAUCCACCUGAAGCGCUUCUCUCCGAUGGGAAGGAAGAUUGGGCACUGCAUCAAGUACGAGGAGCGUCUGUCAUUGCAGCCUGUGAUGAGCGAGGGGCAACAUGGACCGACAUACUCCCUGUACGGCGUCAUAUCGCACGCAGGUGGUGGGCCCAAUUCUGGCCACUAUUACGCGCACGUCAAAGGUGGAGACGGCCAGUGGUACGAGAUGAACGACGAGUCCGUCACCCGCGUCGCGCCCCCUACGAGCAGGCAGAACGCCUAUAUCCUCUUCUAUAUUCGCGACAAGGGUCAGGCGCUCGAGGCCGCCGUCAGCACCCCGGCUCGUGUCUCCCAGCCCGCCAAGACUGGUCUUGUAGCGAACAUGAAGAAGCGCAAGACACCGGACAGUGAGAGCGAAGAUUCGGCUCGGCCUGCAAAGUCGAAGGAUCGCGCCAAGCCCGAUCCUCAGGCGCAGAUGCUGCAGAAGAAGAUCGAGAAGCAGGCGACGAAGAACGGCUUGGCCGAUCUCGCGCAGUACAGCGAUGGUAGCGAUGACAUCGGGGAGAAGGUUGAGGAGAAGGAGGAAGAGGAGAAGGCAGUGCUUGCGGACGAUAUCGCUGAAAGAGUGGGCCGUACGCCUAUCCCGCCUUCGACGAAAGGGAACACACCGAAGUCGAAGCGUCAUGAUCGCUUUAGCGCCAUAGGAAACUGGAAUCCGUACAGUCGGCUGAAGGGCAGCGACACUCUAGGACAGCGCCGCGGUUCGGCACCAGUAGUACAUCGGUACGGAAAGAAGAAAAGAAUGAUCAUGUAA